AUGGAGAAGUGGAAGGAAUUCGCUCUUUCGAAAGAGGAGGAGGAAGGUGUAGUUGCGGACGAAGAGGAUAUUAUCGAAGACGAAUCCAUUCAGCGUACACUCGUAGGGAAGCUGUGGAUUGAGAGUAACUUCAAUACUCGAGCAUUCAAAACCACGAUGCUGAAUGCUUGGAAGCUGAAACACACAGUGGAAGUUCAGGAUCUGAGUAAAAAUCUAUUUCUAUUCAAGUUUGGCUCAAAGAGAGAUAUGGAAUACGUUCUCAAGUCUGGACCUUGGAGCUCCGAUAGAGCCUUGCUGGUAUUGAGACGCAUAUCAGGAGAGGAACAACCUUCAGAUCUGAACAUGCAUUUCAGUUCCUUUUGGGUCCGAGUUUACGACUUGCCACUCAUGCUCAGAUCUGAAACAAUGGCAAAGAAACUUGGAAACAUUAUUGGAUCGUAUGAGGAAAUGGACGUCAAGGAGGCGCACCAAAAUGACAGGUUCCUGCGGAUUAAGGUUACACUAAAUCUAAAAGAACCUUUGAAGCGUGGAACAUUUGUUUCUUUCAAAGACAAAAAAAUAAGGGUCCAUUUUAAAUACGAGAGAUUGCCAACCUUUUGCUUUGUCUGUGGUCGUAUGGGUCAUGAGAUUAAAGAUUGUGAAGUAGUUGAGGAUCUUAAUGGGGAAUGA